AUGGAGAUGAACUUGAAUGCUCAAGAGAAGAAAGCAGGGUUCUUACAAAGGGUUAAGGCUUUCCUUAGCAAACUCAAAGAUGGUGUCACCAAGCGCAUAAGAAAUAUUCAAAAGUUUGGGAAAGAUGAUCCAAGACGGAUCAUCCAUUCCAUAAAAGUGGGAUUUUCUCUUACAUUAGUAUCAAUGUUGUACUAUGUACGGCCACUCUAUAAUAGCUUCGGGGUUUCGGGUAUGUGGGCAAUACUAACUGUAGUCGUAGUCUCCGAAUUCACUGUUGGUGGGACACUUUCCAAAGGUCUAAACAGAGGUUUUGCAACAUUAAUAGCUGGUGCCUUAGGGGUUGGUGCAGUACACCUUGCUCGAUUCUGUGGACACAAAGGAGAACCGAUUGUUCUUGGGAUCUUAGUGUUCUCACUGGGCGCAGCUGCAACAUUUUCGCGGUUUUUUCCAAGGAUUAAACAGAGAUAUGACUAUGGUGCUUUGAUAUUCAUACUCACAUUUACUAUGGUUGCCGUUUCGGGAUACCGUACAGAUGAAAUAUUGGUUAUGGCGUAUCAAAGAAUAUCCACUAUUCUUAUUGGUGGAACAAUAUGCAUCCUUGUGUCCAUCUUUGUUUGUCCUGUAUGGGCAGGCGAAGAUCUCCACAAGAUGAUUGCUAACAACAUUAACAAACUUGCUAAUUACCUAGAAGGUUUCGAGGGGGAAUAUUUUGCAUUACCGGAGAAGAUUUCAAAGGAGACAAACUCGUGUGUUCGAGAAUACAAAAGCAUUCUUACAUCAAAAAGCACUGAAGAUACUUUGGCGAAUCUUGCGAGAUGGGAACCGGGACACGGCCGAUUCAGGUUACGGCAUCCAUGGAAAAAUUACAUGAAGAUUGCAGGACUCGUUCGCCAAUGCGCCUUCCAUUUCGAGAUUCUCAAUGGCUAUAUUCUCUCUGACGUUAAGGCACCGGAAGACUUCAUAAGCAAGAUUCAAGAGCCAUGCUCGAUUAUGAGCAGAGAAGCUGGUGAAGCGCUAAAAGCCAUAGCCAAUUCAAUCAAAACAAUGAAUAACGAUAGUGUCUGUGUGAAUGCACACAUUGAAAACUCCAAAAAAGCGAUAGAAAAUGUAAAGUUUGCAUUCAAAUCGUCUUCUACGGAGACAGAGAAAGAUCUAUUAGAAUUCAUUCCCGGAGUCACAAUGGCAUCAAUCUUGGUCGAGAUAGUGAAUAGCGUCGAGAAGAUCUCUGAGGCUGUGGAAGAAUUCUUCGGCCUGGCACACUUCAAAGAGACGUUGGAUCCAAAACUAUCACCGGAAUUAGAACAACAACAUCAUCAUCAUCUAAUUCACAGGGGGAGUGUAAAGCCGGUUCUAGAGGGUGACAACGAGGAAGAAUACAGUAGCUCUUCUCAUGUUCUUGUCAUUGUCCAUGAUGAACAGCCACCAACAACUAACGAGAAGACAAAUUUGGGAGCAGAAAAGACGAGAGAUAAUGUCGUGUAA